GUCGGCUGACAAUGGACACACAAGCAGAAUUGGCGGUUCUGAAGGCCAAGGUGGCCUCCCUUCAAGCCCAGGUAGAGGGACUGCAAAGAAAUCCUUCCUCAUGGACGCAAAACAUCGGUGAGAAAGACGAGCUAGGAAAGGACUUGAGGGCGUGUGUUGAUGCAUGAAAAGACUGCACACGGCGUGUUGUGUGUCCAUUUGGCAGGCAAUCCCGCGCCCCUGGGUUUGUUGUCCUUCGGGAUGACCACACUGUUCCUCGUAAGCAGAAAGACAGCUCAUCACAAGCGAAGUUCUUCUUCCUCUCUGAUGGCCACGAUGCUUGCAUGAUGCAGAUGUACAUCGAUAUGGAGUGGAGUGAGGGAGGAGUGAAAGAACUGGUACGCCAGUGGUACGGCCAGCCAGCGGAUCUUCCAUCUUUGCUCUUCUUUCCGCAGGUGAUAGCCUACGCGCUGUGGUAUGGCGGGGUGGGCCAGAUCAUUGCUGGAAUAUGGGAGGUACAUAUCUUACACGCGCAUGCAAAAGGUGUCAUGUCCGUAAUGCACACACAUUGCAAAGGUGGGAUUCUCUGGCUUGUCUGUCAAGAUGCUCAAAGGGAACACCUUUGCGGCCAGUGCGUUCAGCAGCUAUGGCUUCUUCUGGUGUGGAUGGUCCCUGUUCAACAGCAAAGUGGUGGAAGCAGGAUACACACCUGGAUCAAGUCAGCAUAGAAAAAGGAGGAGAGGCACCUCUUACAUCUGGUUGUUUCAGAAUUCGCUACUGGAGACGCACUGUAUCUGGGUCAGUGGGGCGUCCUGACCUUCCUGUUCUUUCUCGCAACACUGCAGAAGAACAGGUGCCUCCAGGCUGUCUUCCUCCUUCUGUCGAUCACUGUACGCUCAGAAAGGGCUGCUUCAUCCACUCGUCAUACGUAUCCAACUGCCGUUUCUGCUUUGCUGUGUGCGUCGCCCUCAGUUCUGGCUUCUUGCCGGGGGUGUCUUUGACGAGACGUGCAAGAUCGUGGCGGGGUAUUUCGGCUUUCUCACGGGACUUGCGGCUAUCUAUACGGCCUUCGCAGAGAUAUAUGAGGAGACAUACGGCCGCAGCAUACUCCCAGGUAGCUGCCUUGCUGGUCCCUUGUCAAUGUGGGAGCAUUUCGUUGUCUCGUGUGCGUGCAGGUUUGGAGCCGCUCAAGAAGAAGGCCUUAAAGGCCAUCGACAGCACCGAGCCGGAACCAAACAGCAUACAGGACAUCCUGCCGCCCGCCAAGAAUGUGUGAGAUGCCACACAAACUUGUGAAUGCGCAACACCGCAGACAGCCCCGAGAGACGCAUUGAUGUUAAUUGCACGUUUGUCUCUGUCUACUCAUGGGAUGCGCUCUUGUCGAUUUGGUUGCCUGCCCGCCUCUGCGCUCUUGUCGGGACUGAGAGGAUCGACCUUCUCUAUUUGCCUGCAAUGCUAAUGUGUGCACUUGGUGG